CUCAGUGUGUACACACCCCAGACAGGUGCUUUCACUGAUGGUAAUAGCAGUUGUGCUUUAGGCUGUGCCUUUCAGUCUUGUUGUAAUCCAACCAAAGCCUGAGAGAUAGUUUGAGGCCUCUGGGUAAAUCAAAGAAGGUAGGAUUCCUGCAAACAAGUGAUCAGGUUAAUACUUGGGCUUUGUACAGGGCAUUAUUACUAAAACUCUGCAUCUGUUACUAUCCAAUCAACACUUUGCCUCUGCCAGGGACCGGCAAUCUAGAGCACAGAGCAUCAUUGCCCAGGUAUCAGCUAUGACAAAUCCCGUGGGCAGUUUAUCAGAAUACGGAUCCCGGCUGGGACUGACAGAGAGCUCUCUUGCCAUCCUGGAGCGAGACAGGGGGUCCGGAGAGACCUGGGAUGUGGAGGACACCAAGCCAUGUGUGGAGGUUUUGGAGCGUGGCCUCUACCUCUCCUGCUUCGACAUGUUCCGUACCGAGGACACCGCCUGGCUGCUCAAAGUAUCAGAGGCGUCCUCCGCGCUGACAUUACCCGUAUGUCGCACCGAUGCACAGGAGGAACCCGAGCAGUGUCCCGUCAUAGAUAGCCAGGGACAGGGGCUGUCCUCUGGACUGGAAGGGCAGGAGGAGGAGCGGUCUCUGGAGCAGGUGCAGAGCAUGGUUGUUGGAGAGGUGCUGAAGGACAUAGAGACGGCCUGCAAGCUGCUCAACAUCACCCCAGAUCCUAUAGAGUGGAACACAGGCAAUGUUCAGAAGUGGCUGCUGUGGACGGAGCAUCUGUACAGGUUGCCGCAGGCCGGUAAGGCCUUCCAGGAGCUCACAGGAAAGGAUCUGUGUGCCAUGAGCGAGGAGGACUUCAGGCAGCGAUCACCCCAAUGUGGUGACACACUGCAUGCGCACCUGGACAUAUGGAAGUCAGCUGCCUGGAUGAAAGAAAGGUGUUCGAUUGGAGAAUCUACAAUUGGUGGUGGUGAGGAGCUGUGGUCUGAGGCAGACUCCUCUUGCUCGGGCCAGCCCAUACAUCUAUGGCAGUUCCUACGGGAGCUGCUGCUGAAACCCCACAGCUACGGACGUUGCAUUCGCUGGCUCAACAAAGAGAAAGGUAUCUUUAAAAUAGAAGACUCUGCCCAUGUAGCCAGACUGUGGGGACUGAGGAAGAACCGGCCUGCUAUGAACUAUGACAAACUGAGCCGCUCCAUACGUCAGUACUACAAGAAGGGCAUCAUCCGCAAGCCCGAUGUGUCUCAGAGACUGGUCUAUCAGUUUGUUCACCCUGUAUGAAGACACAGUAAAAAGAGGAAGAGGGUAGAAGCCUACAAAGUUAAAGGACACAACCACCACAUGGUGCACUUGAGCCGCUAAGCCCAAAGCUGAAAACGGGGUCUGAAAGGAAAACUGACUCAGAACACGUGCACUGACCAACCCCAAUGUUACACACUGCCUCUGCCAACAGUGGCGUAUGAGCAGGUAAGCUGACGGACGCAUAAAGGCUUACCUUUACCUGGCCAAGAGGAGGAAUUUAAUCAGUGCACUCUUGGGGCUUUCUUUGUUCCUCCUACAGAAAUGAAGCCAAAAUUAUAAAGUAAAAAUAUUAAAGAAAUGAACUGCCUUUUUUAGUCUGCAUGAUCUGCCUGCCUCUGGCAUAUGACAAUAUGUAACUGUCACUCAACUCAUUACACUACACAGUUAAAAUUUAUUGCUAUCACUUCUUCAAGGGAAACGCCCAUCUGCCCACUGCUACCUUGAUAUUAACUGUUGCUUGCCUUAAUGUUUAGCGUGCUGUUAUCCCCGUGUGUUUGGCACAGAGCCUGUUUUUCUCCCUUGAGAAUGUGGUUGCAAUUGUUUAGCUUCGCCACGAGUUCAGUCCUGGCUGCCAUCCCCAUAAGCAAACAGCCCCAAUUUUGUUUAAUCACUCACAUUAUAUGGCACACUUUGGAUCUCUUCCUGUUUAACAGUUCACUAAGCCCAAGUUAAUUGAGGAAAUUAGCCUGUGAUAAGACCAUCCUCAACCCAUUGUGAUUGUAAGGAAGUCUGCCAGUUUCCUCCAAAGGCUAACACUGCUAAACAGUUAAUGCAUUGUCUAAAUAUAUGCAGUUAACGCCCCAGGGACACUACCGUACCCUUUUAUGUUGUCAUGUGUUGUUCAAAUCUAUCAAUGGCCAACAAAAUUAAUUUCUGUUACAUGUUGAUAUUGAUUUGUUUUCUCUCAAAUUUCUUCCUGGUGGACCUUUCUAAUUUUAGUGCCUGGUUAAUGGCUUGCAUACACUUGGUUCUUUACCCGGUGGUUGAUGUCUUCAACCCAGAACAUAGGGAACUCAUGGUCCAAACGGUAGAGUUCAUUAAACCAUCUUUUGGAUUUUAUGAUAUUUCUUUUAAUGAAUGUACA